UUAUAAAAUUGAAAUAAAUAAGGAAGAAAUUUACAUUAAUAGUGCAAGACAAGAACUUGAUACUCGCGAAAAUCUUGACACAAUAACAAACAAUUUGAGAUAUAUAUCGGAUAAAUUGGAUAUGAUAUAUUCUCUCGUUAAAAUGAUAUUUGGACCUCCUGGUGAACCAUUACGUAUUAACAUAUCUGAUACUGGUACAAUUACUGAUCCCGGUGGUGCUUGA